CAAAUCCCCUUGGUUAGCAGCAACACAGAAGUCCUACACAACAUGGGCAUGUUGGGUCUAUACAAAAUACUGGUUAUCUUAUUUGGACUUCUUUUCAUCCCUGUUUCGUCCAAGUCUCCGUGUUAUGAUGAAGAGGAACUGCAGGAGAAAGCUGAAAGGAAGCUUACCACACAUUACCAUCAACCGUACCGACCGGCCCACGUUCACCAGCCUGACACUCCGGCACCGUGUCCGGUGGAGCUGUACCGACACGCAGCUGAUAUCAGCAGCCGCUCUCUCUCCCCCUGGCGGUACAUUUAUGAAACGAAGGAGGACCGAUUCCCACGGACGCUCGCCGUCGCUCAGUGCCUUUGCAAAGGAUGCAUCAUAAGCAGAGAGAAGAGUCCCCGAGCAGAAAGUAUGGACUAUAACUCUGUGCCCCUGAAGCAGAGUAGGGUGGUCCUCAGAAAGGAGCUGUGUGAGGACGGGAAGAAGUACCGCCUGGUACCGGUGUCGGAAGAUGUGGCGAUCGGCUGCACCUGCGUAAGGGCAAAGAUCCUCUCAUAG